UGUGCUUUCAUCUCUGUCUCUCUUAUCUCCGUCCCAUGCCUGGCCUCUCUAAUCUCUACCUCUCUGUCUCCUUCCCUUGGUCUCCCUCUCUCUGUCUGUCUACUUUCCCCGUCUGCAUCUGUCCAUGCGCCACGGCUGCCCAGAACCCCUGCCCUGAGCCUCUUUUCUCCUCGCAGCCUGACCACGCGAUGACCAGGUGGGCUCUGCUGGUGCUGAUGAUCCUGACGUCGGGCAUGGCCCUGCUUGUCCCCAUGACCCCUAUUCCAGCCUUCCAGCUCCUCCCUCAGAACCCUCCCCAAGCCACUCCCCGCCCUGUGGCCUCAGAGAGCCUCUCAGCCAGCACCGUGGGCCCCUCCACUGCUUGGGGCCACCCCAGCCCUGGCCCCCGCCCAGGCCCCCGCAUCACUCUCUCACUGGAUGUCCCCAUUGGCCUCCUGCGGAUCUUACUGGAGCAAGCCCGAGCCAGAGCUGUGAGGGAGCAGGCCGCUGCCAACGCUCGCAUCCUGGCCCAUGUUGGCCGCCGCUGAGCCUGAGGGCGGGGGUC